ACGAUUGGUCGGAUUCACCACAUGACAACCAUCACGUGUAUUUCGUGUUUAUUUUCACGCCCUCAGUUUCACAAAUGCUCACAAAUGCUCUGUAUUUUUAUAACAGUUAAAGCUAUUUUCAUGUAGUCGCGAUGUUAUAUUGUGUCAUCUUCAUCAAAAUAAAAUGGAUUAAAAACGUAGACCCCACUACAUUGAUAUUUAAAUAAUAUAUGCUUAUGUUGAACUUUAUUCUUGUAAAAACAGAUGCUGUAAGCCUCUUCAGUUCCACUCAUGCUCAUACACGGACAUUCAAAACAGUAUAAUUCACUUUUUAUGUAGUUUACGUCUUACAAAUCAUGUUAAAUGCGAUUAAGCAAGCAAACGGCACGUGAUCAGCCAUGCCUGACGUAAAUGCAGCAAACUACGGGAACCACAGCGCGUCCGACUUCACGUCUCCGUUUUCAGCUCCUCUCCGCCUGCAUGCGGCUAAUCUCGCAGAUCGGUUACAUCCAGCCACAGCCGAUGUCGAACACACCUAUAUUUUGAAAUGACGAACCACACACAUGACAAGCUACAUAUAUGUUGUGACGAACUUCGCAUCGUGCUCUUCAAAAAAAAGAAGUCACCAGCCGCCACUGCUUUGCAGUGCACCUUGAUAUGGCGAAACCAGUAUUCCCACUGCCCCAAAGGGUCGUCAGCAGGCCUUAUUGGUGGCGACCAAUGAAUCCCGUGCCUACAGAUACAGAAGAAUGAAUUUUCCUCUGCCCCCUCCUCAGCUGCUCAGUGAUCCACUGCCCUGGUCCAUGCUGAAAGAGCUCAAGGAAUCAAAGCACCAUCACAACAGCAGUGUCUGGGGAAGCUGGUGUUACCCUUUGGCCAAUAUGUCAAUGCCCCAUUUCACUGGCUGUUGUCAAAUAAUGUGGGCUACAUGAAGUAUUUGGUCGACAAGCACAGAGAAGAUCUCUCUAAAAACUUGGAAAGGGUCAAGUACAAAAUCACUGGAUUAAAGAUCACAGAACCCUUUCCAGAAGUUUCAAUCGUCCUGGAAGCCAACAUCAACCGAUGUGUUUACGGACAGAAAGGGUUCGAGAAAACCAUACUUUCCAGGAGAUGUGGGAGCUCUACUGCCAGUAUUCUGCACAGAAGGACAGGCCAGAUGAUUUUGGUACGACUCAGAGGGAUUUGAUACAGAAGGCAUACAGCUCUGUUAGCCGGUGGCUAAAUACACCUAUAACCCACAUCACCAGUGUGGAGAUGAAAAGGUUUAGGAAAUACAUUUAUGACAGGAAGACUCAAAUGUCAAGCUCUUCAAUUAGUGAUCCUUCAUGGCUAAACGACACCCACUUAUUUGAGGUGAUAAAAUCUGAGGCCAUGGCUUCCACAGCAUCAUCGGGAGCCCCGUCAUCAUUGGCAGUCCAAUCAUCAUCCACAGCCCAGGCAUCAUUCGCAGCUACCCCUGCAAAGAAGUCAUCCACAGCCAAAGUCCCAGUAGAAACAUUACAGAGUGACUCCCCAGUCGAUCUGGAGGGCUGGGUGCGACUGUGGGAAAAUCCUAAUGGUAUCCCACCAGCUGAUCUUUCCUGGGUGAAGGAGGAUACAGAGCGAGGACUCUUUGGCCCCAUUCAGGUGUACCGUAACAAAGAUGGGAUUCAUCACAUUUGUGACAUUUCCAGCUGAUACUGUAUAAUAACAGAGGUCCUGUCCUGCGGACCAUGUACAAAAGCAGCCAAGGGUGGCAGCGAUGGCAAGGUGGGCAGGGGGAAAAACCAUGGUCAAAGUGUGCCGACAAAUUCAGGAGAAUCAUGUUGAGUAGUAUCUCCACAGGAAAGACCUUUACACCACACUCCUCAUGACUCUUCUGAAGCCUGGGGGAAUCGUGUCGGCCUUAGGACACAAGUUUGAGGCUCAAAGAGAGCUUUCCUCUGCUCGCCUGCUUCGCCAUGCUUUCCUGCUGGCAGAGGCCAGCAACGUCCAGGACUACAGAAACCAGAUAAUCUCCACUUUUGGCAAAGUGCUAAAGAUGGACUCCACUGGUUUUUUUUUUCACUAUUUACUCACCGUUACAUUGGUCCAAACCUGUAUGACUGACUUUCCUGUGUAAAACACAAAGAUAGAGACACAUUCAAAAACAUUUUUUGGUCUGUUCUGUUAAACACAUGAACACUGUUUUGAAUACGAGUGUAUUCACUUAGCAAGUAUCUCGUAUCUUGCAGGUGGUGAAGAAACUUGGCAAAAGGCACAGCGGAGUGGUUCACCAGCAUAGCCAAUGAGGAUUCACAGAUUGUCUCAUUUGUUCUUACCUGUGAAGAAUCCACGAGUGUCUGAAACCCAUGUGUCAGGGAGUAAUGGACCACUUUCACCAGGCCAAUCAACUUGUGCCCAAGAUCUUGUUCAUUGGGCACAAGGCCCAACUGCUGUGGAGAGCUUAUUCCAGAUGUGUGAGGAGAAUGGAUCCAUCGCUUUGUUGCAGCCAUUCGUACCGACAGCUACUCAAAGUACGCAGUUCAACCGCGCAGACUUGGACCUGCUCAUUAAAGCUGUCAGAGCAAAGAACCUGACAGUUUUUGACACAGCGACUGAUGAAAACAUGGUGUGCGACUUUAUGUAUCCAGGGAACAGCUGAAGCACCAUGUUCAUAGAGUCACACUCGGGGCUCAGGAGACCUUCCGGCUCGUCCAGAUAGCUAUAGAUGAGCUCAAAGGUCCCGCUGGGCUAGACGAAAGCGGAGUCAGCCUCUAUAAAUCGGCAGAAGCAGUAGAUAGUGUGUGGGAAGGCCAGCAGCGACACCUCAGAGCAUUCAGGAUCCUCCAGGGAUGAGUAUGUACAGAGUGCCUCAUAGCACCAACAUCGACGGGGUGGACGUUCCAUAUUACAAAUGCCUUCGUGGAAACAACAGCCUGGAGGGAUUCCACAAAACUCUGCCUCACAUGAUACCAGGCCCCCUCGGCGGAACUCAGACCGCAGCUCUGAUGCUGUGUUCGGUGGCAGAGGCAGAAAUUUCAUCGAGCGCCUCAACACCCGCUGCCUUCUCCCUCAGUGGCCUGUCAAAGAAUGGACCCAGUCCAGAGGAGGAGCCUGACGAGCCUGACCCCGAUGAAGAUGAUGAGGCCUACCAGAGCGACCCAGAGGCAGAGCAGGACAGGGUGACAACUGUCCCGGCCUACAUGACCCCUACCACGGAAGAAACUACCACUGCUCACCCUCCAGCCUUUGAUUCAUGCCUGUAGCCCCAAACCGCUGCCUGGAUUCUAGCAGCUGAAAAACUUCUGUUCUCUGCUGGUGGAGAUUGGCCAGAUUGAGAAUACGCCUUAUUCAGCCUGCCACCAUGUUGAUUCCAAAAUGGGGCUGUGAGGGAUGGACGUGUUAGAACUCUGCCUUGAAGUCUUGUGUUGUAUUUGUAUUUUGUCAUGGUGGCAGGGUUCUGGCAGUCCCAGGCCUUAUGUGGAGGCUCAUGCCUUGUUUACUGUGGCAUGUGCCUCCGGUGUCUUGUCAUUUGUCCCCGCCCCCUCGUCCUCCUGCUUAUUGUUAAUUAUUACUUAUUCCCAUCACCUGUUCCCUCCUCGUUAUCUUGUUUAGUUUCUCUUAUAUAAUGUUCUCUUGUCCUUGUUUCUGUGCAGGUUCAUUUUGUAUUGUCGGUGUGAUAUUUUGUAAUUGUCUAGUCAAGUCAAGAGUUUUAUUGUCAGGUCUAGUUCAGUGUUUUGUGUCAGUCUAUGCUGUAUGCCCCCAUGUGGGCUUUUGUUUGUCUUGUUUAUUAUUAAAAUCUUUUGUUAACUCCUUCAUCGUCCGCUAUUGGGUUCAUCUGUGCAAAUCCUGACAGGACGUCCAGAACGUUCGCUUUAAACCUAUUGUUUUGUACCGGGAUGCUGGUCAUUCAGCCAUCAAAACACAGAAAUUCUUCAUUUUACAAAUUUCCACAGGACAAAGAACCUCCGAAAUCAUGGAUUGUUAAAAUAAGAAGUGACAUAUGACCUAAUUUGAGAUGAGUAUAGUGCAUUGUGUACAUAAUAAUUGUGUACAUAAAUUUGGAUAUUAGCCUGUUGGCUAAUCGUUAAUUUUUAAUGUUGUAAAAAUAGAAAUAGAAACACAGAAGAUUACAUUUCAGUUUAUACCAAAUAUUGUUUUUUUUCUAUUAUUUUUUAUGUAAAGUAACAGAUGUUAAUUUUUUUUAUUGUUUUUAUAUUUUUAACUGUGUGUUUUGAAGAUAGUUUAUUAGGUAUAUUAUUUUAUUCAAGUUAUACUUUAUUUAACAUAUCUAGUAUUACAAAAAUGUAUUAGACCCAUAUUAUUGUAUUAUACUUCAUUAUAGGUAACCAAAUAUUGUUUAAUAUAUUUCAUGAGGGUAAGGUUUUAUAUUUCAUUUAAAUUCAUAAUCUGAUAAAAGCUAAUUGGUUUUUAUAAAAAAAUGUAUAUUAUAUAGCAGGAUAAUAAUAUAGUUAACUAGCGGUUGUUUUAUCUGAAAACUUUAUUUUGUAUAUACUAUAUUAAAUAUUUACUUUUCUAUGUAAAUAAAUAAAGUAAUAAUUUGUUUUAACAAUGUGUCAGAUUAUUUACACACACAUAUAAACAUUUAUAAAUUGUAAAUAUAAUUUUUUUAAUAAAACAGUGUGUGAUAUAUAUAUAUAUUACAUGGUGAAGAAACAAUGGCAUGGAAGCAGUCGCGCGCUAUGGCAACCAUGGAACUAUUGUGACGUCACCCAUCUAUAUAAAAGCGGGCACCUAGCAAUGCAGAGCUCACUCACUUUACGGAUCUGGACGAGUUCACUUUGGUUGAUUCUGAACUGAGCUGUACAGAUUAUUAAGUGAAUUUGCGAACUCAACAGAGUAAGCAACUGAGGCUGUUGACGCGCUGUGACAGACAGAAAGUUUCUUUAGACCACCAAUCUAAAUUGAGACUGAGUCUAAGCAGUUUGUUUACAGACUUCUUUACUUUCGACAUCAUGUGGUCGCGGUGGUCCAUUACUAAACACAGUGAUGGAGGUGAUGUCGAAGGGGUGGAUUUUGUCCUGCCAGGCGCUGUUUUGACAUCUAACAACACCGUCCGCACGACCGGACUUCUGUUAGACAUUAUGAACGCUGCCGGUGGCUCAAAAGAAGGAGAGGUGACUGCACGUGAUGAGCCUAAUAGCUCAACAGUGUUUGUCAAUAAGGAGGAGAGUGAUGGAGGAGAUGUUGGAGUGGUGGGAUUUGUUCUACCCAACGCUGUUUUGACACAUGACACAGUCCAGACCACCGGAUGUUUGUCAAAUGUCAUGCGUGCUGGUAGUUCAAAUCAAGUAAGAGGAGAGGAGUUUUCCCCUACCUAUGGUGGGGUGGAAAGCGUAUCAGAAAAAACUAAGAAAAAGGGUGCUUUUAAAAAAGCGGCGAAAGCUAUAAAACGCCCAUUCCAGAGCCUCUGGAAAACCAAAGUCGAGAACAUUGUGCUUUGCCAGGAGCUUGAUGCCGAUCCAGGCAUUCCUGAGCCAAAGGCCGAUGUUGACUGUACCAGAGAUAAGCCAAAGGCUAGGAUCAGUCAGGACCAACCCAAACAAAAAGGGGCAAAGUUUCCCUUCUUUGACUGGCUCCGGAGGGGCAAAGUGGAGCCUAUGCCGUCUCCACAGCCUGAAGCCGUUGCAGCUCGUCCUGAUGAAUGGGAUGAUGCUGACCUCGGCAAUUCUCAGUCAAAGACUAACGUUGGUCCAGACAAACCUAACGCAUUGGCGAAAAUUCGACAAUUCUUUAACCACCUCCGGAGAAACGAUGGGGACCUUGUUGUGCCUUCUGCACGGCAAGAUGCCGAUACGGCUAAUCCUGUUUCAAAGGAUGAUGCCGAUCUGGCCAGUCCCUCUGUAGACAUUGCCGCGCUACAGGAAGCUUCAGUUCCAGCUUAUAUUGGGCUAAACAAAACUAACAAACAACCCAAACUAAAAGCUGUCAGCAGUCCUGAUACAAAGGAUGAUGCUGAUCUGGCCAGUACUUUUGUAGCCGAUGCCGAGCUACACAAAGCUUCAGUUCCAGCUUAUAUUGGGCUAAACAAGACUAACAAACAACCCGAACCAAAAGCUGUCAGCAGUCCUGAUACAAAGGAUGAUGCUGAUCUGGCCAGUCGCUCUGUAGCCGAUGCCGAGCUACAGAAAACUUCAGUUUCAGCUUAUAUUGGACUUAAGAAGACUAACAAACAACCCAAACUAAAAGCUGUCAGCAGUCCUGAUAUAAAGGAUGAUGCUGAUCUAGCCAGUCGCUCUGUAGCCGAUGCCGAGCUACAGAAAGCUUCAGUUUCAGCUUAUAUUGGACUUAAGAAGACUAACAAACAACCCGAACUAAAAGCUGGCAGCAGUCCUGAUACAAAGGAUGAUGCUGAUCUGGCAAGUACCUCUGUAACCGAUGCAGAGUUACAGGAAGCUUCAGUUCCAGCUUAUAUCGGACUUAAGAAGACUAACAAACAACCCGAACUAAAAGCUGGCAGCAGUCCUGAUACAAAGGAUGAUGCUGAUCUGGCCAGUACCUCUGUAACCGAUGCAGAGUUACAGAAAGCUUCAGUUCCAGCUUAUAUUGGACUUAAGAAGACUAACAAACAACCCGAACUAAAAGCUGGCAGCAGUCCUGAUACAAAGGAUGAUGCUGAUCUGGCCAGUACCUCUGUAGCCGAUGCCGAGCUACAGAAAGCUUCAGUUUCAGCUUAUAUUGGACUUAAGAAGACUAACAAACAACCCAAACUAAAAGCUGGCAGCAGUCCUGUUCCAAAGGAUGAUCCCGAUCUGGCCAGUACCUCUGUAACCGAUGCAGAGUUACAGGAAGCUUCAGUUCCAGCUUAUAUCGGACUAAAGAAGACUAACAAACAACCCAAACUAAAGGCUGUCAGCAAUCCCAGACCAAAAGUUAAAGAAAACCGUUGGCAAAAAUUGUUCAGAAAUCCCAAACCAAGAGUUGAAGAAAACCCUGGGCAAAAAUCGACCAGAAAUCCCAGACCAAAAGUUGAAGAAAACCCUGGGCAAAAAUCGGCCAAAAAUCCCAGACCAAAAGUUGAGGAAAACCAUUGGCAAAAAUUGUUCAGAAAACCCAGACCAAAUGUUGAAGAAAAUCCUGGGCAAAAAUCGUCCAGAAAACACAGGCAAAAAGUUGAAGAAAAUCCUGGGCAAAAAUCAGCCAGAAAUCCCAAGCCAAAAGUUGAAGAAAAUCCUGGGCAAAAAUCGUCCAGAAAACACAGGCAAAAAGUUGAAGAAAAUCCUGGGCAAAAAUCAGCCAGAAAUCCCAAGCCAAAAGUUGAAGAAAAUCCUGGGCAAAAAUCGGCCAGAAAUCCCAAGCCAAAAGUUGAAGAAAAUCCUGGGCAAAAAUCGGCCAGAAAUCCCAGACCAGAAGUUGAAGAAAAUUUGAUGCUAAAAGUUGCUAAGGAACCUGAGCCAAAAGUUGAAGAAAAUCCCACACUAAGAGAUUUCCACUCUAAAUAUGAGGCAAAUCUCAUAGAGGGGCAUUCUGCCAAGGUCUUCAAAGGAAUCCGUAAAGCUGAUGGUAAAGAGGUCGCCAUCAGUUUUGUGAACAUAAACAGUCACACCAAGUUUCUUUCUGUUCCUGGAUAUUCCAAACCACUUCCAGAAGAAGUGGCAGUGAUGCUGAAGUUAAGAGAAGCUCCUGAAUGCCCCUAUGUUAUUCAAAUGUAUGACUGGUAUGAGAUGGACAACAAGUUCAUACUGGUUUUUGAGUACCUUAGAAACUGUGACAAGUUGUGGACUUAUAUAAGACUCCGAAGAAAACUGAAGGAAGAUAAAGCACGCUACCUAUUGGUUCAAUUAUUAAGAGCAGUUAAACACUGUUUGGAUAAUGGCGUUUUACACAGUAGUAUCACAUCUAAUGGCAUCUUGGUGGAGAAAAGCAGUUUACACCUGAAGUUGUGCGACUUUGACUAUGGUAUUCUAGUUGGCAGUGAUGGCUAUUCCACAACAUAUAACGGAUAUAAGCAUGCAGCCUCCCCUGAGGACUGGAAUGUCUGUCAGUUGAGUUUUUUGCUGUAUGAGAUGCUGAAUGGCCAGGAGAUCUAUCCCCCUUAUUGUACAACAUCAGAAGAAUUUAAGUUUUAUAAUCCCUUUGUAUCAAGGGAUGCCUUUGAUCUCAUUCAUUGGGGCAUAGGCAUGCCAGAGGACCGACCGACAAUCCAUCAGUUCUUAGCACAUGACUGGUUUAAGGAUGAAGGGUUACUGGACAUAAAUCCAUAUGAACAACCGGCAGUCGAUAAGACCUUUGAAGAUGACUGGACUACUAAGGAAUGGCGCAGAAAAUUGAAAGCCCUCAAAGAAAAAAGACGAACAUUCAUAAAAAAGAAGGGGCUGUAACCUGCAAACUCAACUCAAUUAUUCGGCUUAUACCACAGUUACCACAGACAUUGCUCUGGUGGUUAUUUUAAGACAUUAGACAGGUCAGGUGUGUGUUUCUUAAAAAAUAAUACAUAGCUGUGGCCAGUCCCUCUGUAGCCGAUACCAAGCUACAAAAAGCUUCAGUUCCAGCUUAUAUUGGACUUAAGAAGACUAACAAACAACCCAAACUAAAGGCUGUCAGCAAUCCUUAUUAAAAGGAUGAUCCCGAUCUGGCCAGUACCUCUGUAGCUGAUGCCAAGCUACAGAAAGCUUCAGUUCCAGCUUAUAUCGGGCUAAAGGGUUGUGGAAAUCUUAAUCUUGAUUUAAAAACUAGCAAACAAAUCAAACUAAAGGCUGGCAGUAAUCCUGACCCAAAAGUUGAAGAAAAUCAUGGGCAAAAAUCGUCCAGAAAUCCCAGACCAGAAAUUGAAGAAAAUUCAACGCUAGAAGUUGCUAAGGAACCUGACCCAAAAGUUGAAGAAAAUCCCACACCAAGAGAUUUCCACUCUAAAUAUGAGGCAAAUCUCAUAGAUGGGGAUUCUGGCAAGGUCUUCAAAGGAAUCCGUAAAGCUGAUGGUAAAGAGGUCGCCGAGGACAAUAAGACUAACAGACUCAGUUCCAGCUGCCGUGAAGGUUAACAUGCCACUUAUCUACUGGUCGUCCUUCAAACGUGAUGCCUGCCAAACGACCACCAGCUGAUCGCGUCCUUAUCCGUUUAUAUAUAUAUAUAUAUAUAUAUAUAUAUAUAUAUAUCUUCCAAGGGGUUUUUUUCCUCCUAGGACUUUUCCCAUUGGGUUUUUCUCCUAGGUGGUUUUUUCCACCCCUGGGAGUCAGCCGAAUUUGGCUUAACGUAGCACCCCCUUCUAUACGUUACAUAUUACUACGCUCGCUUUUUCAGUUUAAUCUUAUCCGCUGUAUUUUGCUCCUUAUGUUGUCUAUCGAUUUUUCAGUGUUUCCCCUGCUUCUUUUAAAGGCGCUCUAAGCGAAUUCACGCGUUUUAGACCAUAAAACAUUUUUUUGUUAAAUACAGCAAACAUCUGCUCACUAUCUGCUUGCUGCCUGUCUGCUGAUCAAACUGUAAAAAGACGCGAUCUCUGUAGACAGCCCAGGCUCCACAAACUGCAAUACAAACAAAGUGGCCAAACCUACAAACAGAAACCAUAACAAAGUGUUCCAGCCAAAAAAACGACAAGAAGGAUUUGAGGGUUGAGGGGGUUGGGCGCGUUCAUGAAAGCACGGAAGGGAGGGGGAGCGGGAGGAGUUAGCUACGCUCCGUUUGUUUGAAAACAGUUCAAACAUCAACAAAAAGUGACGUCACACAGAUUCGCUUAGAGCGCCUUUAAUGUAAAGCUGCUUUGAAACAAUUACUAAUUGUGAAAAGCGCUAUAUAAAUAAAAUUGAAUUGAAUUGAAUCAUUUGCAAUAAAGUACUUUAUUUUGGAUAUUAAUACUGAAUACUGUUACUGUUUUGCACCCAAAUUAUUGUCACUUGUAAUUGAGGUUAUAUUCUACUGUGAUGUAAUGAUGUUAAGUAAGUCCAUUUGUCUUACUUUCUUCAAUAAACAUUGAUGAAGUCAUUGUUUUUUUUCUAUAU